AAAUAAAGAUGACCAAAGUCAAAGGGAGUUAUUAGUCCGGGAAACUCCCAGUUAUAGUCAGCUGCAGAGCUGCUCAUAGAAAACGAACUGAAAAAAGAAGACGAAUAAACUGGAUCGAGGAAUAGAAAGAGAAAGUGAUCAUCUUCGAGCUUAAUUCAAUGGCCACCAACUUCAAAUCAAUUCCUAUUAUAGAUGUUAGUCCUCUGAUUGCAAAAUCUGAUGAUGCAAAGAUAGCUGAGGAUGCUGGUGUAUGUGAAGUUGUCAAACAAUUGGAUCAAGCCUGUCGAGAAGCGGGAUUUUUUUACAUGAAAGGCCACAGCAUCCCAGACUCCCUCUUGAAAGAAGUCAGAGAUGCCACACGCACGUUUUUUGAUCUGCCUCUUGAAGAAAAACUCAAGAUCAAGCUGUCUGCUGGCACUGGAUACAGGGGAUAUCAAGAAGUUGGAGACAAUGUAACCAAGGGUGCUCCUGACAUGCAUGAAGCUAUUGAUUGUUACAGAGAAUUGAAGCACGGCAUGUAUGGAGAUAUGGGGAAACCACUGGUAGGACCUAACUUAUGGCCAUCUAAUCCUCAAAACUAUAAAAUAGUGAUGGAGCAAUACAUUGACCUUUGCACAGAACUUUCUAGAAAAAUUAUGAGAGGCAUUGCUCUAGCCUUGAGUGGGUCGGUCACUGAGAUGGAGGGUCAUAUAGCUGGUGAUCCAUUUUGGGUUAUGCGGUUGAUCGGUUAUCCUGUGGUGUCAGAAGAAAAUUGUCAUGACAAACCAGAAAAUGGCAUUGGAUGUGGAGCCCACACAGAUUAUGGUCUUUUGACGCUUGUCAAUCAAGAUGAGAGUAUAACAGCUCUCCAGGUUCGGAACCAUUCGGGAGAAUGGAUUUGGGCUCCUCCGAUUCCUGGGACAUUUGUCUGCAAUAUUGGUGAUAUGUUGAAGAUUUUGUCAAAUGGAUUGUACGAGUCCACCCUACAUCGGGUUGUUAAUAAGGCACCCAAAUACCGUGUUUCUGCUGCUUACUUCUAUGAGCCAAAUUAUGAUGCCACAAUUGAGCCCUUGGACGUCUGUGUGCAGAGGACCGAUGGAUCAAAGAAAUUUGGGCAAGCAGUUUACGGAAAACAUUUGAUUAGUAAAGUGACGACUAAUUUUCGGUAUUAAUACUUAUAAUUUAUUUUGUACAAAAAUAAAUUAGAAUCUUUAUGUUUGGAUUAUAUCGUAAUUAGGAUUGUAUCGUAAGAAUAAAUUGUACGCAGUUUUAAUGCAAUGACUAGCAAGUGGUAACAAAAACCCUUUGAAUAUGUAAUAACUAGUAAGAUCACUAAUUCCGGUGAUCAAGACCUGAAGAACAAUGCAAAGACAGAGCAAUACCAAAGCUA